CCAUUCAUAUAAUAUUCAGGGCCGUAUAUUAAGUGCAAAAUCCGCAAGUCAAUUCGGAGAGGCAUUCAACAUGGCGACGUACCGUCAAGAUAUGCCUCCUCCGGGAGGUUACAAAGAUAUUGAAUGGGCAAGAGUUACAAGAAAGCCAGUUAGUGGAUAUAAGAUACUGGGAGGUUUACUUGCAAUGAAAGCUGUUGGCGUGACAUGGUGGUACUUUGUAAGAAAGAGGAAAAGGUUAGAAUUGAGUGAAGAAUUUGACAGUAGGAUAGCUUUGAUGCCCUUUGUAAAAGCUGAAUCUGAUAGGCUGGUAUUAAAACAGUGUAUUAAGAUGAGAGAAGCAGAAAAAGAAAUAAUGAAGGAUGUACCCCACUGGGAGUUAGGAAAAUAUGCUGGACAAGAGUUAUACCAAAAUGAGCAACAUCAUUUUGACUCAUUGUUGGCAAGGGAAUUUGAAACUCACACAAAGCCAGUUGCACUAAGGGAGAAGGCAAGAGUUGCCCUAGGAAUGGGACCUAGAUAUCCGUUGUAAACAUAAAUGUAAAAGAAUGGCACAAAAACAUCAUUUAGUGACGCUGAAAAAGACUUGGAUGACAAAUUUGGACUGCAGCUUUGAGGAUGAAGUUCUGCGUUUUUUUUAAGAUAAAGUUGAUGAAUAUUAUUAUACUAGUAUCUAUUAUGUCAGUUAACUUAUUGAUAAGAUGUGUUGAAUAAUUAAAAAAAUAAAAACAUUGAAUUUACAUAUUC